AUGUUCAAGCCCACCAACGCCCUGUUCUCGGGUCUUCUCUGGAAGACCCCGUGGCGCCUCUCUUCACCCCAAAAGGCCCGGCAACGCAAGCGCCUGCGUGCCGUGGACCGUGUCGUCGAUACCCUGAGCGCUGCCCUGGAGCGCAAUGGCCACACCACAAAGGCUGUGAACCGGUGGUUUGCGGAGAUGCCCCGCGAGGAGGAAAUGCUGCCUAAGGACAAGUACACUCUCUUCGACAAGAAGGAGAAGACAUACCGCAAGAGCAUUCACAAGCUGCCCAAGUGGACCCGUGUCAGCCAGCGUGUGAACCCCCCUGGUUUCUAA